UCUACACUGAUCAUCAGGGCACUGAUCAUUGUAGCCCCAUCACUGCUGCCUUUCAGUGCCCAUAAUUGCCACCUGUCAUUGCCCAUCAAUGACACAUAUCAGUGCCUAUCAGUGUACAUCAAUGCCACAUAUCAAUGUCCAUCUGAGCUGCCUUUCAGUGCCAACUAUCAUUGCCAUCAGUGCCACCUAUCAGUGUGCAUCAGUGCCACCUAUCAGUGCCGCCUAACAGUGCCAUGCCAGUCAGUGCUGCUUAUCAGUGCCAGUCAAUGAGGCCUAUCAGUGCCCAUCAGUGCCGCCAAUCAGUACCAUGCCCAUCAGUGCCAUAUAUGAGUGCUGCCUUUCAGUGCCCAUCAGUGCCGCCUAUCAGUGCCCAUCACUGCAGCCUCAUUAGUGCACAUCAGUGA